AUACUACAAAAUUGAAUUCAACAGGAAAAAUAAACCAAGACCAACAGAUAUAGAUCGUAAGGUGGAACAUGAGUAUAAAUAAUAUCCACAAGUCCAUAACACAAAUUAGACCAACAUCAAUUUUUAAUAUCUUUUCUUUAUAAACAACUAUGGCAGUGUUAUCUGAGCCUUGAGACCUACCCUGACUUUGGUAAGUUUUGUGAUCCAACUCAUCUAAUUCAAUUCUGAAACAUUAGAGGUUCAAUGGAAGAAAGUAUAGAAGAUCUGUUUAGAAAUUUGCCAGAUGAAAUUCUAGGUUGCAUAGUAUCUUUUCUACCAAAUGAACAUGCACUUGAAACCAGCCUCAUAUCUACUAGGUGGAGAGACUUGUGGAACCAAAUUCUUGUUAAGCAUGGAACUAUAGAAGAUAUCACUGGUAUUGUUGCUCAAUUUCUAACCAAUUUUGAUGUGUUUGAUCCAUUAAAGCGACCGCGCAAGCUUCAAUUUCACUUUGAUGAUGACAAUGCACUCUUUGCAGCUAUAGCAGCAAAUAGUAAGCUUCUCCUUGAUUUCUCUUACAAGAAGAAAAAACUUGAAAGGAAAUAUGAACUUGAAUUCAAUCUCAAUAAGCAACACUUCACCUAUAAUCUUGUUCCUCAAACUUUCUUAGUGAAAAGUCUAUAUUUGAAAUCACUAAGCUAUUUGACAAGUGAAGUAGCAUCUUCAAUUGUUUCGAAUUUGGAUCAUCUUGAGAACUUGGUGAUCACUGAUUGCUGUGGAUUGCAAUCUUUGUUCAUUGAGUCUGAAUCAAAGCUUCACAAGUUAACUAUCUUAGAUUGCUUGCAGUUGAAGUCUCUUCAUCUUAGAACUUCUAAACUUAAAUCUUUUCGAUAUCGCGGACCUCUUCCUCGGAUUUGGCCAGAAUCUCAUUUCAAUUUGUGUCAUGCCAUCCUUGAUUUCAGUCAAGGCCUAAGCUGCAGUGACUUGAUUGCUCAAGAUUUUGAUGAAACACUAUUAACAAUAAAGAAUUCUGAAGUUCUUACAUUAUGUGGAUGGAUUUUUGAGGCACUGAUAUGGCCAUCAAUUUCUCCUUCAAGUGGCAGUUUUAUAUUCUAUAAAUUGAGAGAACUAUGGUGGAUUGACAAUCAUGAAAAUGAAAACAGCACCAAUGCCUUAGUCUCCUUCUUGAAAUUAUGCCCUGCCUUGGAGCAACUUUUUGUAAUGAUUGAUCCUAAAAGUUAUUAUGUUCCUAGGUCCAAUUCAGGCUUAAUGCAAGCAAAUAAAUAUACAAAAAUAUUAGAGCAACUAAAAUUGAUAAAGUUUAUGGGAUUCACAAAUCCAAUGGAUGAAAUUUCAGUGGCAAAAAAUUUAAUUCAGUUAGUCAAAGGAAAGCCUCCAAAGAUAGAGACAUCAUGUGGGACCUAUUUGGAUUUAAUGCUUAUGCAGUGAUUUUUCAAAGGAAGAAUGAUAUAAUAUAAAUUUUAAGCAUGUUGGCAGAAAAAUUCGUCACUUAUCCUUUGUAGUUAUUUUUUAUUUGUUUCUUUCUUUUCAUUUUUUUUUCUUGUAGUUUUCUAGGGGAAAGUGUGUCUUAUUGUCUUUUUUGUAUAAAACUAGUACAUCACAUGAAUGGACAAUAGUUCAAUUAUUGUAAUUAUUGCUUGAUGUCUCCUUUGUUCUUUGUCAUAAUUUUGUUUUUUUUUUAACCAAAGGGUUUAAUUUGUUA